GUUUUGUUUUGAUUUUUUUAAUCGGCUGUGACGGUUAGUCUAUUUGUUGAUUUAUUUCAAAUACAAUAGAACUUUUUAUUUAAGUAAUCAAGGAUAUAUUUUAAAAUGCCAAGUGAAAUGAUAACGCUACAACUCGGCCAGUGCGGCAAUCAGAUUGGUUUCGAGUUUUGGAAGCAAUUGUGUAUAGAACACGGCAUAUCUCCCGAGGGUAUUUUGGAGGAGUUUGCGUCCGCGGGGUCGGAUCGUAAGGAUGUAUUUUUCUAUCAAGCCGAUGACAAUCAUUAUAUCCCGCGAGCUGUGCUUCUAGACUUGGAGCCUCGUGUGAUACACACAAUUUUGAAUUCUCCGUAUGCUAAGUUGUACAACCAAGAGAAUGUGUACCUGUCAAAGCACGGUGGUGGGGCGGGCAACAACUGGGCGUCAGGGUUUGCUCAGGGAGAGAAGCUCAACGAGGAAGUGUUUGACAUCAUCAAUAGAGAGGCAGACGGCAGUGAUAACUUGGAAGGUUUUGUGCUCUGUCACUCAAUAGCAGGAGGCACUGGGUCAGGCAUGGGCUCCUACAUACUGGAGCAUCUCUCCGACAGAUUCCCAAAGAAACUUGUGCAGACUUACAGUGUCUUUCCCAAUUUAGAUGAGAUAAGUGAUGUGGUAGUCCAGCCCUACAAUUCCCUCCUCACACUGAAGCGUUUGACGGAGAGUGCAGACUGUGUGAUGGUGCUAGACAACACAGCUCUGAACAGAAUAGCCAGCGACCGCCUCCACAUACAGAACCCAUCCUUCGCGCAAAUCAACACGCUUGUGUCCACUAUCAUGAGUGCCAGUACUGCUACACUUAGGUACCCAUCCUACAUGAACAAUGACCUGAUCAGCCUGGUGGCGCCGCUCAUCCCCACGCCGCGGCUGCACUUCCUCAUGACGGGCUACACGCCGCUCACGGCCGACCACGAGCUCAACACUGUGCCGAAGAUCAGGAAGACGACGGUGCUGGACGUGAUGCAGCGCCUGCUGCAGCCCAAGAACAUGAUGGUGUCGCUCAGCCCCGACCGCGCCAACCAGCACUGCUACAUCUCCAUCCUCAACAUCAUACAGGGCGAGGUGGAUCCAUCGCAGGUGCACAAGUCGCUCCAGCGCAUCCGCGAGCGCAAGCUGGCGUCCUUCAUCCCGUGGGGGCCGGCCUCCAUACAAGUGGCGCUGUCGCGGCGCUCGCCCUAUGUGCACGCUUCACACAAGGUGUCCGGCCUUCUGCUCGCCAACCACACCAAUAUCUCCUCCCUGUUCGACCGUUGCCUGCAGCAGUUCGAUAAACUGCGCAAGCGUGAGGCGUUCCUCGAGGUGUUCCGCAAGGAGCCCAUGUUCAAGGAAUCUCUGGAGGAGUUCGACGAGUCUCGCGCCGUAGUCGACGAGCUGGUGCAGGAGUACCAGGCCGCCGCCACGCCCGACUACGUGCAUUGGAACCCAGAGAGCAGCUCGAUAUAACAAACAACAACGGACUGCAAUUCUUGAGUAAAUGCUUGAGUACAAAUAUGACCUUUUUGUGGUAGAGUUGCAAAUUAAAAUUGCGCUCCACACUCAAAUAAUGUCAAAUAUUGUUAUGGUGCUCCCACGCAGGAGUUGUUAUACAACACAAAAUUCUUUUACAGGUAUUUUGUAACAAUUUAAUAUUUUGUCUUUAGUAAGGACACAUGAUUAUUGUAAUAUAACAUUAAAAUGUUAUAUAACAACCCAUGUGUGGGAGUGCAAUUGUAUGAAAAUUUUUGUAAUGUGGUGCGUAAUUUAUUUUAAUAACGCCUCUACCAAAUAACUUGUACAAACUUAAUAUAAGAAAAUAUGCGGCAGUAUUAAUAAGUUACACAUAAACUCCAGUCCCCUACUAACUGAGAGGCAAUUGUAGUUAAAAUCACGAUGAGCUCACAUGAUGGGGUUCUUUUUGAUUGCGAUUAACCGAUUCCUUUGCUUUUUAUGAAGUUAAAAGUGCGUUGCGUAACACCCAUACCAAAAAACAACCCAUAACAAAAUUCGCGCAAUAACUAGUGUACAUACCAUUUUUAAUAGAUAAUUCAACGUAAAUGGACCCUAAUGUUGCAUUCCUUUUUUAGUCUCAAUUACAUUUUAGGUCUUUGGGUUGGUGCGGACCAGGAAUAUUUAUAGUAUGUAACAAUAUCUGGACUUCCAUUUUGAGCAUUGCAUUACAAUGGUGCAGUACUGACUUUUGUAACAUUUGUUAUAACUCGCUACUACAGUAAUAUUUGAAGUUGUUUCAUUAUUCAUUACAAAAGUGCACAAUGUAAUGUUCGGCUUGACAUAGUUACUUACCGGUAUUAACGCACGAAGCGAAACUUAUAUUACAACUUUACAAGGGAAUGCCCCUGAUCUAUACGCACCUUAGUUACUAAGACUUGUCUAGGGCCUAAUAAGAAAUACUUGUCAGAUCCAGAAAAUUGAAUGUGUCGUUUCUAUUGCAAGUACUCCGUAGACAAUAAAUGUUUAUAAUAUGGUGCUCCCAAGUCCCUGACAUCAGUUAUAUAAUAUUACAUAACAUGAUACAUUCUGUAACAUAACAUAUUGUUGCAUUUUGAAUACUUUGCUCUCUAUCACUGGUAUAAAACUAGUAAAUUAUUUAAUAUU